CUACCUCCACCCCUACCUCCACCCCAACCUCCACCCCUACCUCCACCCCUACCUCCACCCCUACCUCCACCCCAACCUCCACCCCUACCUCCACCCCUACCUCCACCCCAACCUCCACCCCGAGCAGAGAACUAGUCCAGCCCAGGAAAAAAGCCCUGACAAAACAACCACCCACCUCCACCCCUACCUCCACCCCUACCUCCACCCCAACCUCCACCCCGAGCAGAGAACUAGUCCAGCCCAGGAAAAAAGCCUUGACAAAACAACCACCCACCUCCACCCCUACCUCCACCCCUACCUCCACCCCUACCUCCACCCCGAGCAGAGAACUAGUCCAGCCCAGGAAAAAAGCCUUGACAAAACAACCACCCACCUCCACCCCUACCUCCACCCCUACCUCCACCCCAACCUCCACCCCGAGCAGAGAUCUAGUCCAGCCCAGGUUAAACGCCUCCACGAAGAAAGAAAAGGGCAUCCUGAAGGGUACAGGAGAUAAGAAGACACAGCAAGAAGCCAACACACAAACAGAGUCUGGCUAUGUUACCGUCAAAGAAUCUGAAGUUAUUCAGCUGGAUGUUUACUUGCAGGAGGCUCUAUGGAGAGAGGAGGGCCUGAAGAAGAAGUUGGCUGUUCUCCAGAAGCGUGGCUCCACCCUGCUGCGAUACUCUGACAACCUAUGGGCUACAGGCUGCAACGAAGACCUCCUAAAGAACAAGAUCAGAGCCUUGGAAACACAGCUGCAAGUCUGUCUGCAGAAACAGAAGCUCCCCUUGGAUGGAGUGAAGAAGCUCGUGCUACAGAUGGAGAACCAGAAGGGAGCAUAUGAGGAGAAAUCCUUGGAGGUCAUCCAGAGGGCUACAGAGGAGAAAAGGGAAGCUCUCAGUCGGGCCGAGAUACUCGAGAUGUUGCUGCAGGCAGCCAGGGUGGAAGCAGCGCAGUGGCAGGGUCUGUGUGAGGAAAUGAAGGAGAGCUCAGAACAGCUGAAGAAGAAACAGGAGAUCAGCUCUGAACAGGUUCUACAACUGCAGAACCAACUGGAGCUGGCCAGAGGUCAGGAGGCGGGGCUGAGGGAGGAGCUGGGGGCAGUACAGCGAGUGGAGGAGGAGUUACAGUCCAACAUUGUUCUGCUGGAAGAACAGAACCAGAACCUGAGGGACCAGAUCCAUGAGAUGAGAGAUGCCAGAGCUGACACUCGGGAGGUGUCCCUGGAUGAAUCCUUGGCCCAGUUGGAUGUGUCUCUGGAGCAGUCGGAUGAGGAGGAGACCUUGGCCCAGCUGGAUGUGUCGCUGGAGCAGUCGGAGGAGGAGGAGACCCUGGCCCAGUUGGAUGUGUCUCUGGAGAAGUCGGAGGAGGAGGAGACCUUGGCCCAGUUGGAUGUGUCUCUGGAGCAGUCGGAGGAGGAGGAGACCUUGGCCAAGCUGGAUGUGUCUCUGGAGCAGUCGGAGGAGGAGGAGACCCUGGCCCAGCUGGAUGUGUCGCUGGAGCAGUCGGAGGAGGAGGAGACCUUGGCCAAGCUGGAUGUGUCUCUGGAGCAGUCGGAGGAGGAGGAGACCCUGGCCCAGCUGGAUGUGUCGCUGGAGCAGUCGGAGGAGGAGGAGGAGACCCUGGCCCAGCUGGAGCGGACCCUGGCCCAGUUGGACGUGUCUCUGGAGCAGUCGGAGGAGGAGGAGCUGAUUGUAUCGUCACAGCAGAAGCAGCUAUCAUGGGGAGAUGGAGAUCAGGUUCUGGAGCAACUCCGUCACGCUCUGGACCGAUUACAGCUGAAGGAGAGGGAGUGUGAGGAGCUGCAGAACGAUCUGGAAGCCGUGGAGGCAGAGUGCCAGUCGUGCCAGGUCCGUCUGACGCAGUGCAGGGACGAACUCCGACAGCUCAGCCACCGACGCAGCAGCAGGAAGCCCUGUGUCUCGUGGAUAUGGCUCUGUGUUCUACUACCACUGCUCCUGUCCAUGGUGGCGGUGGCCAUCUUGUGGGCGUGGCAUCCUCCCUUCAAGGACCAAGUCAAGGACCUGUACUCAGCUGUAGAGGAACACAUAGAGGACUAUCUAAUGCAGGCCGCCUCUCCACAACACGUUGGCUGCAUCAGGCCUGUCUGACCACAGCACUAGCCUGAGUCCCACAUCGGUUGGGGCUCUCUUGCCAACUCUAAGACAUUGGACUUGACAAGACAGUACAAAGAGAUCUGGGACUCAGGCUACCACAGCUCAGGUUUAUGAUUUAUAGUUUGAUUGAGUUUGUUUUGUGUAUAUUAGACAUUUUUGUUAAGGUAUUAUGCAUGUAUUUUUUUAACAAAAAAAUCUAGCAAAAACAAUCCAAAUGAUAAAAGACAAAACAAUCUAUUAAUUUAAUUUAUAUUUAUAACUCAGAACCUUUGUGUGCCUUUAUAGAUGAAUUGAGAAUGACAACUAAGAAUUAAGUUGCUUUUGAUUUUCAACUUUGAAGUAGUCUCUCUGCAGAUGUAGUUUGAUUGACUUUAACAUGAAUGUUUACAAUGUUACACAAGACACAAACUUUGGGAUACAAAUAACAAUUUACUGCCUAUCAGUGGAGGCUGCUGAGAGGAGGACGGUUCAUAGUAAAAGUCUGGAAUGGAGUCAAUGGAAUGGAAUCAACCCACAUGGAAACCACAUGUUUGAUUCCAUUCCAUUGACUCCAUUCCAGCCUUUACUAUGAACCGUCCUCCUCUCAGCAGCCACCAAUGCUGCAUAAGCAUCAUUAUGUAAAGAUUGUUCAAUAUCUGUGUUUGAAAUGAUUAUAUUUGACUAAUGCACCUCAUAUUUUAGUUGGACACAAAAAAAUCGUGCAGAUCAUGAAAAUCGUUAGAUGAGUAUCACAAUAAGCAUUCUGUUUUGUGUUAUUUUGUUUGAGAAACAGAGACCGGGAUUCAAUCUGAUCAGCUGUAGAUCAGCGUUGUAGCGCGUUUGACAUUUAUAGGUCACUCCCGAGGUGACAUAUGCAGAGUUUACCGUGAAUGCAGUGUGAGUGUGUAAACAUUGCCUUUAAAAGGUGCAAGGCACGAUCGGAUCAGAACUCGGCCAUAAUGUUAAUGAUUGUGUUUACAUUAUUGUCACAAGUGCUGUCCAUUUUUGUUGAAAUCAACUGUAAUAAAAUGACUGUAGAAGGUCCAA